AGAAGCCAGCAGAGCCCCUGAGCCACCUCCAGCUCUCACCUGCUGUAUCUCCCUGCUGAGGAUCCGCCAGGAGUCAUCGAAGGCAAUCUCUUGGCUUUUCGAAAGGCUGUUGGCUAGGUCCUCCUAUUCAAAAAAGGACACAGUUAACCCCGAGCAGAAAAAGAGAGAAUUCAUCAUCAGUUCUACAAGGAGCCAAUUUGAGAAUAAGAAAGUCAAGCCAGCCAAAACAAGUGGCCACGUAGCUUUUAGCAAAACGGACAACAAGACAGCCAGCGCACCGUCAGAUCUAAACGCUGUAAACGCAGUGUACAAAAUGAUACGUAAAUCUGACAAUAACGCCACCGAGAUCUCCGAGAAGAGCUUGAGGACCACAAGGGAGGCUGGAAUACCUGUCAUGUACAUGCCUGGCAAGAAAAAGAAGAGAAAGUGUUCUCAGGUUAGCGGCCUCUUGGCGGGGUUCAACACCUUCAAUUAUCUCACCUUCGUCACAGGUGUCAUAACUCUCGUCCUCAACGCAAAUAACAACAUAAACAACAACAAUAAUAAUAACAACCUGAACAAUAAUAACGAUAUUUCGAAUAACAAUGUCAACGCCAAUACCAACACUCAGAAUGGUAAUCAGGUCGUUAUCUUCCCGCCUGGCAGGAAGCGUCGUUCUAUCGCGGACUGGCUUCUGCAGGCGUUGAACCGCCCCCAGGUCGUAGAGGCGAAGACGUCUACCUCCGCGCCAUCCGCUGCGUCCGGUAGCAACUGGGGCGGCGCGGCGGAGGCGGCGACGGUGGCGCUGCAGCUAUUCGAUUCUUGGGUCCAGGCUAGCUCGGGCGUCAGUGGCGAGUGUGGCUGGGCGGAGUAUUGCCUCCUUCUGCACGAUCUCAGCCGCAGGAAGGGCGUACCGGCUGCGCUUUUCGACCCGGCCAGAUCCUUCUCAACGCUCGUGGCGCCGGCGUGGGUUGGCAGCUCGUCGUCCUGCCUCCUUCAGCGCGCGAAGUGUCGUCUAAGGCGAACGCUGGUCUGAUCCUUUGCUCCUCAUUGUAAAUCAUUUGUACAUUAUUCACUUUCAUUGUUAUUCAUCGA